GACUGCGUUGAGAUGAUUCUCAGUCUACAUUCGAUCGCUGUCUGGGGCGUUUCGUGUUUCGUACAGGUAUCGAUGGACUUAAUGCAAGUAGCCGCUUUUUUAUCUUACGUAAUAUCUUUCUAGAGCAAAUUAAUGCAUCGAAUGAAGUGAAUAAACGAAUGAAAAUAUCAUUAAGACAGGAAUUUAUUUAUCUAUGAUAAUUCGAAGUCUCGUUUGACGCGUAAAAGUGCUACUUGCUGACGUUCGAUUGCAACGACCGAGGUCGUUUCUAGUGAUUUUAACUUUCCUGAAAGACGAAUAGUUGUAAUUACGUAUCUCCAUAUUUCAAGAGGGAAAUGUUGUUGCAUUAUUUCCACGAGUUUCUUCAGUAGAUUAAUCAACGUCAAUGGAAACAGCACCGUCGAUUCUUAUAAUUAUUCACAAUUAAAGAGUCUCGUACGAGAUCCAUAGCUCGAUAGAAAUAAAGAAGAUUCUUCAAAACUUAUCCAUAGUUCUAUUUCCCUUCGAAAUUUAUACAAAAAUGAAAGUAGAACUUUUCAUGGCGGCGACGUUACACAUGGUCACGAGCACUUGCAUCUUACCCUCGCCGUUGGUAUUGCAAUUGAUCUUGGAAUUUGCUAAAUGGAAAGAUUGGGACCAAGUAGUACUAUUCCAGGAUUUAACUUCUUUUGAUUGCGUCUUUACUUACACAAGACCUUUGAUCGCGUGUCUCUCCGACGAGGGAAUCGCCGUGUCGAUUCAAUCGGCUGCCAACCCGAACAUACCUGACGUCCUAGUGAUCCAGAAGCAUCGAAUCGGAUCGAUCGUUCUACUGGAUGGGCUUAAUCUCACUUCCCCUGAUAAUAUUCUUCAUGUGGCGUCGCAGAAAUUUCAGUUUAAUUAUUACGUGUCUUGGCUGAUGAUAACCAUGAGAAACACGGAUGCGACGAUCGAUACCGUACUUCGACACUUGAAUAUCGGUAUCGAUAGUGACGUGAUCGUUGCAACGCCUUCGUCGACGUACGAAGUGAUUCAGAAAAUGUCUCGAACGUACUGGAACAGAACGUGCGUAUCUCUGCAACGCUACGGGACAAGCUUCAAGUUCGGGGAGCCACCGGUCAAACGGUUCGACGAGAACGCGUCCCUUAAUUUAAAUUACGCGGUACUCGAGAAUAAAACAGUGCUCUACCACUUCGUCCACGUAUAUAAAAUCCGAUAUUCGGACAAUACCAGUCUAGUGACAAAUUUCCUUGGAUCUUGGUAUUUGGACUCGUGGUCAUUGAAUAAUCCAAUUAGCGUGAAAUUGAGAAACGAGUUCAAAGGGCAACCGAUCAUCUUUGGCGUUCUCAAUGGAACCAUUGAUGGGCAAAUGAAUGUAAACGAGGAGGAGACGAACGACAUCGCACCUUUUCUCGAUUUCGCCAAAUUCGUUGCUAGCAGCGUGAACGCCAGCAUAGAGCUGGUGCCACACGAGAAGUUGGGUACUUUGAAUAAUAAAGUGUGGAAUAACCUCCUCGGAGAUGUCGUCACUGGUUAUGUGGACAUUGGUUUAGGAUAUAUUACCGUCAAUAAAGAACGACAAGCUGAAAUGUCGUUUAGUCAUCCCCUAAUUCGUUACAUGAGGAAUGUUUACUAUCAUCCACUGGAAACUGGUACCAUGAGGGACAUAUUUCGCCAACCGUUUAAUAACUGUUUACUGAGUUGUGUCGCAUCUACUUAUUUCGCCAUACUAGUAGCGAUGGGGUUGAUCAUAUACGCAGCGAAAACUGUUUUACACAAUGAAGAAGCUAAACGCGUUGGAAUAGGGGAGGCUGCGCUUUGGUGCAUCAGCAUAAUGUGCAUGCAAGGUACUCCAUGGACACCACGAAAUCCAUCAGGAAAGACAAUAUUAUUAUUCAGUCUAAUGUUCGCCUUAGUAACGUACAAUGCUUAUGCUGGUUUCAUCACUUCGAUCUUAUCGGUGCAGGCUAGUGGUAUCAAAUCUAUUACCGAUAUUUUGUCGCACAAUUUCAAAUUGGGAUACAGCAUCACCGAUGAUGAAUACAUUAGAAACGUGAAUGAUAGUAAUCUUCGACAGUUGUAUAUAAGAGCGUAUAACAAUCGGGAAUCUAAAUUGGACACGACUUCUGGUCUUACAAAGGCCGUGAAAGGCCAUUAUGGCUUCUUCGUAAGUGCAACUCUCGCACGACGCGCCCUCAGGUCCACACUGAUUCAAGAACGAUGUACUCUAAAAGAAUUGCCUCUUCCACAAACAUUCACAAUGGUGGCUCUACCAAUGGCUAAUUCUUGUCCUUAUAAAAAAAUUAUUAAUUUAAACAUUUUGAAAAUACGAGAACGAGGCGUUCUGAACAGGAUAACAGAACGAAUGCUGCCAGAGAUGCCUCGAUGCAAAUCGCCGACCACAUUUCACAGUGCCAGGCUGGCCGAUGUUUAUUCCGCUUUCUUCAUCUUGAUCGCUGGAGGCGUAUCGGCCGUUUCUAUCGGGAUCGUCGAGAGACUUUGGCACAAGAGACGACAAAUGAAGGAAACGAUCGUUCGUGGAAUGCGUCAACGUCGCCUAAUGCCCUCUCACUUGCCACAUUUGCCACAUUUACCUCGUUUCUCUCAUUUCCCUCAUUUAUCGCAUUUGCAUUUCCGCGACGAUCGUCGAAAUGAUUUUUCUCUCGAUCGUGAUUCGCGAUCGAAUUUAACGAUAAACAACGAAUGCGUAGCAGCGAAUCCUUCCGAUUCCACGCAAGAGUCGCGAGAACAAAUUACACAAAGGAAUUAUAACCAGGAACGCUAUGUGCGUUCGGAUGAAGACAUCAAUCGACCUCGUUUCGAGCCGAAAUUUUUCAACUGGAGAAGGCGUAGCAAUUUCAAGCGUACGAAUUGGAGCCCGUUUUCGGGAUUGCCAAGAACGAGGCUUGAUAGAAGUCAGAAGAGUAGAUCUAAGGAUAACACGGUCUUUCCUUUUCAUCAAUGAUAAGAAAGGAUGUUAUGUGUCAAGGAAUUCACGAGAACUUAACCCCUUUCUUGAAAGUUUCAUAAUUUUAGUAUCAAUAUAUUAGGUCCUCGUUUCUGUUCGAAAUCAACCGUGUAACUUUAAUGCGCUUGAUCAGUAUUUAAUCAGGCUUCUGUGCGGCUAAAAUUGUCGACGAAGAGGCGAGUUGUUUUGGCAAGAACGUAGAAUUAUCUGGAUAGUCGAUGUACUAUUGCUUCUUUGUAGACAUUCUUAAGGUAGUAUUUGUACAACGUUUCAAAAUAUAGGUUAAUCUGGAAACUAAA